CGGUUCUCCAAAUACACUGACGUCCUUGCCGCGCCAUCUUUGGAAAACAGUCGGCUCAACGCUGAAUGGAACUUAAUUUUCGUCGUUUGUGAAAAGUACUCGCUGUAUGGACUGAUCUCAUACGGUUCCCAGGUGUGAGGUCAGUAGAAGUGAUCAUGGGGAUCAAGGUUCAGCGCACUCGGUGCUUCUUCGAUAUUGGAAUCAGUAAUGUGCUCGUCGGCAGGGUUGUGGUGGAACUGUUUUCAGACAUCUGUCCCAAAACUUGUGAAAACUUCAGAUGCCUUUGCACAGGUGAGAAAGGCAUCGGCAAAGGAACUCAGAAGCCUCUGCACUACAAAGGAUGCCUGUUCCAUCGCAUUGUAAAAGACUUCAUGAUUCAAGGAGGAGACUUCAGCGAAGGUAAUGGAAGAGGAGGCGAAUCCAUCUAUGGAGGCUUUUUUGAAGAUGAAAGCUUUGCAGUUAAACACAACAAGGAGUACCUGCUGUCUAUGGCCAACAGGGGCAAAGAUACAAAUGGAUCACAGUUUUUCAUAACAACCAAACCAUCGCCACAUCUGGAUGGUGUCCAUGUGGUUUUUGGUCAUGUGAUUUCUGGCCAAGAGGUUGUUCAAACCAUGGAGAACCAGAAAACCGAUCCUAAUAGCAAACCGUAUGCUGAUGUGAAAGUUUUGAACUGCGGAGAGCUCGUCCCUAAAUCUAAAGCAAAGAAGGAUGAAAAAAAGAGAGAGCGAGUCUCUUCUAGCUCCAGCAGCAGCUCCAGCAACUCUGAGAGCUCAUCAGAAUCCUCCUCUGAUUCAGAAGAAUCAGAGAAAGAAUCCAAGAAGAAGAAAAAGAAGGCGAAAAAGCUAAAAAAGAAACGGAAGAAGAAGGACAAGAAAAAGUCAGAGGCUGAAAGCGUUGAAGAGAAGGAACAAGAAGACUUGGUUACAUCUACUGUACGUCCUGAAGAAAUUCCACCCGUCCCAGAGAAUCGAUUCCUCAUGAGGAGGAGUCCCCAGGCAGUCCAGAAGUCAAAUGAGGAGGCUGAAAAGGAUCAGCGAAAUAAGGAACAGAGGCCACGAGAGAGUACUGGCUCAACAUAUGUCUCUCAGUCAGUGUAUCACAGAAGACUGGUGAUGACACGAUCCGGGAGGAAGAUAAAGGGCAGGGGUCCGAGGUGGUAUCGGACCCCGUCACGCUCUCGUUCAAGGUCCAGAGAUCGUUUUCGGCGCAGUGAAACACCUCCACAUUGGCGCCAGGAGAUGCAUCGUCAGAGGAUGAGGGCAGUCACUGGAGAGCGCUGGAUUAAGGGUGAUAAAGGAGACAUGAGCGAGGCCAAAGAUGAGGCUGAUAAAGCUCCAAGAAGAGAGAGACGGACCUCCAACACAAAGCAUGAACACACAACUGAGGGUAAAAAAGACAAGAAAUCUCGGUCACAUAGAUCCAAAAGUAAAGAAGAGGACACUGUGGAGAAGGAUGAGAAGGAAAGCAAAAACAAGGCGAAGAAAAGGGAGAAAUCUCAAAGCCGCAGUAAAAGCAGAGAAAAGAGUCGGAGGUCAAAAAGCAGAGAGAAGGGUCACAAGCGCAAAAGUGAUGACAGAAGAGGUCGCUCGAGGAGCAAAGACCGAAAUGCUAGUAAGAAAGAAAAAGAGUCAGAAUCUGAUCACACCAGAGAUAGAAAUAAAGGUCAUGAGUCCGAAAAAAGGCAUAAAGAGGACACCAAAGGAAAAAAUGGUGAAAGAACUAGGACAAAGUCACAAAGCAAGGAAAGAACGACGACUAAAGAUGGGCACAGGUCUAGGAGCAGGAGCAGGAGCAGGGACAGGGACAGGGACAGGGACAGGGACAGGGAUAGGAGUAGACCUCAAGCAUCAAAAGACAAAGAAGAAAAACGAGAAAAAGACAGAGACAGGGGCAGAGAACGUAGCAGGAGUCAGGACAGACGACACAAAAGUGAGAGGGAGAAUAAGAGGCGAGGAACAUCCAGGGAUAAGGAACAUCGAACAAGAAGUCCAGACAGAAACAGGCCUAGAGACUCGCACAGAAGCAGGCGCUCCAGAAGCAAGAGUAAUAAGAGAGACCACAGCAAAGAUCGGUCAUCUCAUAGAAAGGACAAAGACAGAGAAGCCGCCAACCAAAAGAGAAGACGAAGCAGCAGCAGCAGCUCUGAGAGCGAUAGAGACGAGAAAAAGAAGAGGCAAAAGAGCCCAGAUUCCAAACGGAGUGGAGCGAAUAGUACCUCCAAAUCCAAAGACGGACGAAGCCCGGCCAAACCAAGACCAGAUAGUACAAAAGGCAAAGACCGAAACGACAGCAAGAGGAAUAAAUCGAGCUCUAGCUCAAGCUCCGACAGCGACUGAUAUCUUAAAGGAAGAGAUUGCGGAAUUUUGAAGUGCUGAUUUUAUAUUGACUACACAUGUAGUAUACAACACCAGCUUUCCAUCUAGAGGGGGACUUGUUGGAGUCACAUUACUCAUUCAGUACAAAAAAAAAAAACAGUUCCAAGGUUCAGUCAAAGCUGACAUGAUAUUAAAGUCUGUUAAGAACUUGAAAGAAACUACAACAGAAGCUGACAAAAAGUUGCAGUGACAGACUUAAGCAUCACGUGAGCUUUGGUUGAACUGUGGAUUUCACUGUGGAUGGAAGUAGUGGUGCAGUUAAGUGCAUUAUACUGUUGAUGGGUAGCUGAAGUUGCGUGGCUAGGUUAGAGAAAAGAAUUUGUGACAGGAAAAGUGGCACAUCUACAGUCUGUACUGUACAGGCAGUGAGUAUUAAAGUACCAGGUUUUCUUUUAAUUGUA